ACCUAAGCAGCAUCGUGUAUUUGAUUCAAUCAUUCCUUCACUCGAUAAGUGUUAUUUAUACAUCUAUCACUAGGCCAAUAAAUGGAGGCAAAACAGAUGAAUGAUGAUUGGUUGGGAUUGGAGUGUAAAUCAGGGUUGAUACUGUUCUACUAUAAUAAACGAACCGGCGAACACAAAUGGCCUUGCUGCAGCAAAUGUCCAGAGAAAGGGCUACAUUCAGAUGAAACCACAUCAAGCGUCGGGUCACUACACCAAGAUAAAGCCACUAGUGUAAGUGUAGGUACCCAAACAGAAGACAGUGGGUGUGGAAAUGGGUGUACCUCAAUCUACAUUAACAAGAACAUGAACAGCAAAGAGUGCUUAGAACUGGGACACUCUGAUGUAGAAAACAACCCAAAUAGCUUGGAUGAAAAAACAAGGGAAAGUAGCUGUUUUCUUGACAAAAUUCCCCUAGAAAUGGAUGUGAUUGUAGAUGAAGGUUUAGACCAUUCUAUAUACGGUGAGCAAACCAUUGCUGCUGAAAAAGAAGCUGGUCAUGAAAGAAAAAGAGUAAAACAGGAAGAAAUACAGAACAUGGAAGAAUUUAUAGAUGCAGAGAAUAAUAAUGAAGCUAUUCAUACAGACAAAUUUGAUGAUAAUUUGAGUAAAUCAGAGAGACAAGAAAUGUCGACCAUUACGGAAAAGUCUGGUGAAAACAAGAGAAACGCCGACCAAGUCUACACUGUGAACUCGAGUCAGUCAUUUAUGAACCUGCAGAAUGUCAGUAAAAUAAUCAUUGAAAAUCCUCAUCAUGAAACUGGCGAAGAUUCUUCGUCACCACGGAGACAGAUUCUGGAGAUUAAAGUACCUGAUGCUAGCCCCUUAUUGACUGAUUCUCGCAACAUCACAGGUAGCCCAACCAGACAGGUUUCCAAACCUGAUUCUUCGCGACAUUUUUCUGUUGACACAAGGAUCCCAGCAAGUCAAUUAUGUGUUUCCACCGAAAUUCAAAGAAAUCGAUCGUUUAUUGAAAGAGGCGCCCUGAGCGAAAAGCAGGUUACCAGAUCAACGAUCCCUAGAGAUAAUUCCCCAGUUGAAAUCUCAUUGGAUGUAACACGCAUUAACACAGGGAUCCCAAGAGAUCAUUCACCUGUUGAAAGCUCAUUGGCAGAAAGUAGUGUCAACACAGGAAUACGGAAAGAACAAGCACUUAGUGGCAUCACCACAGGAAUCCCGCACAGUUCUCAACCAAUAACCUACACUCAUGUCAUACACGUGGAUACGGCUAUCACUUCCGGUAAUUUAAACAGUAACCUGUCAUCGCAUGAAAGCGAGGCUCCGACUGGAUACCGUAUGAUAGCGUACCCAGAGAUAGAAGAGGUCUGCCUACCAGAAUGCACCACGGUUUUUAAAGAACAAGCUACAACUAGUGACCACUCUAGGACGUCUCCGCCUACAAACGCAGUUGAAAGUGGUCAAAAGGUUCAAACAAAGCCUCGCUUCCUGGAAUCUCCAAACCGCCCGUGCGGUUGUCCCUUGUGCGACACUGUAUUUUCAAGCACAAAAACGUUCUUUGAACAUUUAUUUAAUCACUGCGACUGGAAAACAAAGGAAUGUGCGAUCUGCAAGAAAACGUUUGCCAACAAAUACGGCUUGCAAAGACAUCUUCAGUCCCACGCAUCUUACAGACCUCAUGAAUGUAUACGAUGUGGCAAGCUGUUCCUACGAUCCCACCAUCUGAAGGCUCACAUGUUGACUCAUAAUAACGGAAAAGCUGCAAAUGUCUACAUGGCCUUUGUAUAGCCAGAUAUGAAAGAUGCGGAAUGCGCAUGCUCUGGAAUUUUGGCGGGAAACUAGGGACAAACUCUGAUCUCUUCUCUAAUUUCGACCUCAUAGCUCUGUUAUUUUGACUGCGCAUGCUCGACGAAAUCUGGCAUUUUGUUGCAAUUCACUCGCAAAGUAGGAAUGACAGAGCUCCGGGUAUGAAAUUAAAUCAUCAAACGUGAUGAAUGCCUCUUCAAUGGCCUCUUUACUGAACAUUUUUUAUUUAUUUAUUAUAGUAACUCUACUUGUACUAUGAAUUUGAGUACGUAGCUCAUAAAAGUUCAUUCUGCGAUUAAAAAUAAGACCGCGUCAAAAAUAUAAUCAUAAUAAAUGAUUGUGCUGUAGGGCAUAUGAAAUUUGUUUUGCGAUGCGUUCUGAUUGGCUGCGCGAGCGGGCGGCAUUUUCUAUAUCUACCGGUAUCCUGACGGAAGGCUUAGGCCAUCCAAGCGCGCUUAUGAGAAAACUGGAAACAAGCAGAGAAAAGAAAAUGGUAAAAAAAUAAAUAAGUUACUUACCGUCCUAAAGUCGGUCCGGAUAGAGAAAAGCGCUUGGAUCCUCGGAUACAGUUUUUCCAAUAUUUGAAGAAAAAAAACUAUGUGCAGUGGUCAGACACCUAAUGCGAUUUUUUUGCUAAAAUUUGGUUUUUCGCUGCCGUCAAUAGACCUCCUCGGCUCUGGAGCGCUCGAGCGUAAUGUUUUCCCAUUUCAGGACACGU